CAGUGCUUGGCUCUAAAAGCGGGCGGCCCUCCCUCUGCGAGGCGGAGCUGGCGAGGAAGGCAAAGCCGAAGGAAGUGAAGUCAAAGCGCGUUGAGCUGAAUCCGCCUGGAGGGAGAAAGAAAGACACAGAGAGAGAGGGGCAGACGCCGAAGAGGACACUCGGGCUUGUUUAUCUCCUUCAAAUAUAGUAGACGACCUAUACUCUGUGAAGAUAAAAGAUAAUCCAGUUGCCUUUCAACCGCUAUGAUGAAUCAGGUUGAAAGGAACGACUGGCCGGAUACAUCUACUUCCGUCCUUCUCUACUCCUUCCUGCAGCACUCCAGGGACUGCACCUUUGUUUCAGACCUUAAUUGUUUGAAAAAUGAGUUAUUGGUUUCCAGAAUAAGUGAUGAUGAUGAUGAUGACGAACUUCAGACAGAUGGGAAUAGAUGUGGGAGAUUCCAGGCCAGAGAGGAAGUGCCUGAUGAAGAAAUUUUCCGGAUUAUCGGAGCUCAGCUGGCUGAAAUCGGGGAUAAGCUGACUGCUGAGAUUGAGACAUCAGUCAUACAGAAUCUGGCACAGCAUUUUAGGAGAGAGAACAUGUCCAAAGAGGUGAUGACGAUGCAAAUAUCUCACGUUGUGCAGGAACUUGUGAGAAAAAUGCCCUUAGACAUGGAGAAGGAGAAAGCUAUGUUAGUGAUAUCAAUGGCUUUGGCGAAGAAAGUAGUAAAUAGCGUGCCUUCUCUUCUACAGCAAGUGUUCAAUGCAACUGUGAACUAUAUCAACCAGAACCUCCAUGAUUAUGUGAACAACCUGGCUCCUGAGAGCUGAACAAAUUGAACACAAUACACCCGCCUACAAAAAAAAGGAAAAAAAGGUUUUUUUGUUUUUUAAUAAGAAAUGUUUUUAAGUGUCUUUUUAAAGAGGACUUGGCAUUGUGAAGUGUUUGCGAUUUUUAUCUGUAGAAGUCAUAUGCAUUCCCCGACUCCUCCUACUUUAAUGUGCCUAUUCUUUUUCGUACCUGAAACACUUGAUCCUGCUUUACAUCCAUCUCAGGAGGAGAAUGGCAAAUCAACUCUUGUUCUCAGGGGCAAAGUGAUGUGUCCUAUAGCAAUAAGCUGCAGAAACUAAUAGAAACAGUAAACAUGAUCGCUGUUUAUCAACUUCAUCAGAACACUUUGGAUUAAUAAUGUGAACAAUGUGACUGCAGUCCAACUGGAUAUACUUGACUCUCAUACUACCUUUAAUUGUACAGUGAAAUACUUCUGCAAGUUACCUUGGAAAAGGCCUGUAAAGUUUAGCUUGUCUGGAGAGCAGUGCAAGCUCCGCAUGUUGUGGCUGCCCCGAGAUCACCUGCAAGGAUCAGGUUCGCCCUGCAGAUUCAUUGGAAGUUGGCUUGAAAUGAAUGCAUUUUAUGCCCAGGUACAGGGAAAUGGUUGUCACAGGUUCAAGUAAUUUACCUGUUACUGAUUGUGAACUCUUAAAAACAGGUUUUCCUAUUUGCUUUUGGCUAAAUUGUAAGCUUUAAAGUAGGGAGCAUGGAGUGUGUUCUCCAGGGGCCAGAUGUAGGUCUUUCGGUCUUUCAAGCAGAAGUAAUACUUUAUCCCAUCCUUUGCAACUAGUACAUCUUUUUAAAGCCAAUAGAGAAGUCUGGAAAUGAAAAUCCAUGGAUGCUUUUGACUCCUCCGUUGUAUUGUUUGCUCGAUGCCCAUCUGUAACUCUGUCUGUGGCCUUGGCUGGGAAAGGGCUGUUAUCAAAUGUUAGGGAAAACAAACUGAAAGUUUUUGUUCUUGUCUGAAUGCUAUAUUUAGUUAGAAAAUAAUUACUCUUCAAGUUGAAUGGGAGAAGACUGUGCUCUGUUUCAUCUGUUUAAGGGAUUUGGUUCAUGAAAUAAUGUUCCUAUUACUCUAUAAAGAAAACCUCUGGAAGAA